AGCGUCACACGUUCACGUUGACGAUAGGUUGGAAUCUAACAAAACCAAGAAAAGGUGGAAAAAAGAAAAAUAGAUAAGUGUACGUCCUUCUAACUGUGUGUGCCGUCUGUCGUUGCGAGUGACGUCAAUAUUAAUCGAGAAGCGCCGCCACGGCUGUCGGUUUUUCCCGCACGCGUUUCCCCCCGCGCUAGCUCGCGUGCGAGAGAGAGAGAGAGAGAGAGAGAGAGAGACGGCAUACUCAUAACCAUCGCACGCACACACGAGGAAAAAUAUACCGAAGGCGCGUCGAAAGUAACGAGUCAUCAGCCGAUUCCAAGAUGGCAGAGAGCCAGGAUAGUCCGAAGAAAAUUACUAUUGCCAUUAAAACCCCCAAGGAAAAGCAAACCGUCGAGAUCGAGGAAGAUGCCAUGAUUAAAGACUUUAAGGAGGCGGUCGCCAAAAAAUUCAAUGCUCAGCCGGAGCAGUUGUGCCUCAUAUUCGCCGGAAAGAUUAUGAAGGAUCAUGAGAAUCUAGCAACUCACAACGUCAAGGAUGGUCUCACGGUGCAUUUGGUCAUCAAAGCACCUAGGAGUGCGGCAACACCAAAUAAUCAAGAAAGUGCACCUCCAAGACCAACGCCUGAUGUGAGUUCGUCUCCCUUUGGAUUGGGUAGUUUAGGAGGUCUGGCGGGUUUGGAAGGCCUUGGUAUGGGUUCUACAAAUUUUGCUGAAUUGCAGCAGAGAAUGCAGAGGGAACUUUUAACAAAUUCAGAGGCUCUGAGACAAGUUUUUGAUAAUCCUUUAGUACAGAGUUUAAUGAACGAUCCUGAAAAUAUGCGUAGUUUGUUGAUGGCCAAUCCUCAAAUGCAAGAACUGAUGCAACGAAAUCCAGAAAUUAGUCAUAUGUUAAACAAUCCUGAUCUUCUUAGGCAAACUAUGGAAUUAGCUCGCAAUCCAUCAAUGUUACAAGAAUUGAUGCGUUCCCACGAUCGAGCAUUGUCUAAUCUUGAAAGUAUCCCAGGAGGUUUUAGUGCAUUGAGGCGCAUGUACAGAGAUAUUCAAGAGCCAAUGUUGGCAGCAGCAGCAAAUGAAAGAAAUCCAUUUGCAGCCUUGGUUGACAAUAGUAGCAAUAAUGCAGAUGCUACAAAUCCACAGCAAGGCCAGGAAAAUAGAGAUCCUUUGCCAAAUCCUUGGGGACCUCCAGGACAAAAUGAUUCAGGAUCAACGGGAACAGUGACAACUGGUGUUGGUACAGGUGCUACAAGAGGGCUUAUGGACACAUCAGGAAUGCAAAGUCUUGCAGCUCAGAUGAUGGAAAAUCCAACAUUGAUGCGUAAUAUGCUAAAUGCUCCCUAUACACGUUCCAUGCUGGAGGCUAUGGCAGCUGAUCCAUCGAUGGCCAGUAGAGUUAUAUCUGCAAAUCCAUUCCUAAGGGGUAACCCACAGAUGCAGGAGCAGUUAACGUCCAUGAUGCCUCAGUUAAUUCAGCAAAUGCAAAAUCCACAAAUACAAAACUUGGUUACCAAUCCUGAUGCUAUGUCAGCAUUAAUGCAAAUUCAACAAGGUAUGGAACAACUGCGAAAUGUUGCCCCGGAUCUUGUUGGAAACCUGGGAAUAACCGUUCCACCUAAUCCUUUAAGUACAUCCAGUGCAACUCCCACCACAACUACAGCAAAUGCAACUAAUACCACAACGACGGGUCAACAAAAUGAUGCAACAAAUCAAGACGCAUUUUCUCAGUUUAUGACUCGAAUGCUUUCAGCAAUGGCGCUGAAUCAAGGAGCUGAGGUUGACGGUCUCCCCCCUCCAGAAGAACGAUACCGAGCACAAUUAGAACAAUUGACGGCGAUGGGCUUUGUAAAUAGAGACGCGAAUUUACAAGCACUAAUAGCUACCUUCGGAGAUAUUAACGCCGCCGUUGAAAGAUUAUUGGCCAAUGGACAAGUAUCUAUGAGCUAACCACCAACUAGUAAUGCUGUUAUUCCAUUAUAAACAAUAAUUUUGUUUACUUUACCCUAUUGCAUCAGGCAAGGUGAAAAAUAUUUGGAGUAGUUUUUCUGGAUGACAAAGCAAAAAAUUACAAAACAAAACAAAAAAAGACCAACCAGAAAGUUCAUCUCGGCUAUCGUUGAUAGAAUAUACGCUACUUUUUUUCUUCAUUCACUGUGCAUUUUCCUUUUCUAUAUUCGACAUAUAGAUACUUGUAUCAACACAGAUUGUACAAGCAUUGUAAAAUGUUAGACGUUUGAUAUUUCACCUGUCUAUUAUUUGAUGUGCUAUAGAGUUGUAUAACUGUAUUUACAUAUCCGAAUCCGGAGAAAAUUUAUAUUUUAAUUAGCUUGCUGUUAUAUUCGUGAGACGAAUUAUUACAUACAAUCAAAUAUACGUAUUUAUUUCAUUGAUGUAAUCCACGGAUGAAAGCUAUACUAAAAGGUAAAAUUUUUUUGCUGUAUUAUUUAAGUAAAACAUGUAAUAUGAAAAGGAGGUUUAUUUGAUACAUAGAUACAUACCAUAUACCAUAUGAAAAAACAACAAAAACGAUUUUCAUUUGAAAAUAAGAAAUUUGAAACAUUAUUUUUCCUAGAGUUGCGUCUUUAAAAUAAAAUCAUUAUUAAUUUCGUCCUCAGGUUGCAGAACACAGAUAUAUUUUUCUUUCUGUUGUUCGCGAUUAAGAAAAAACAUCCUAUUUAGAAAAUUAUUGAAUUAUUCUAUAAUAUAUACUUUAUUUUAGUUAAAAUUCUUAGGAUUACUGCAAAAUUGUGUUGUUUUAUUUUUCGUUCUGCUGCUUCUGUGAAUAAAAAGAUCUUUUUAUCCAUGUUCCACUAGUUCACUAAUAUCAGUAAUAUAACGUUGUGUUCUUACUGAAUGUUAAUAAGCAAUUAACCGUGCAGUCAAAAUAAUUUCAUAAAAUUGGUAAUCGGUAAUUUUUCGAAAUCUUCGGAAAGUGAUUAAAUAAGAGUAUAGGAAAUGAAAUAGAAGCAGCAUUAAACGCAAUAAAGUGAAUUUUACAAAGCGUAUGUAUUUGACGCUCUGCAGAGCCUACAUAAACUAAUUAAUCAACGAAGGAAUAUUUUCCUUACCAGUUUUAUAAUUGUAAUUAUAAGAGGCAAUAUUCUUAAAUAAGAUGAUGCCCAUAGAAAGCUUUUUCCGAGUAAAUAAAAAGUACUUUACAGAAAAGUAAUUCUUAGUAAUGAAUACAAUCGUCUAUUUAGAUAAAAAAAAGCAACAAAGUAAGGGAAAGAAAAGUAGAUGUCCUGAUUCAAUAAAGUUACUGAUAUUUUUCAAGAAGGGAAGUUUACCUGAAAUUCUGCUCUACAUAGAUUUUUGUUAGAAAAAUUCUUAAGUCGAUUUGUGAUUGAGUGAUAAAAAUAAAAAUAUAAAUGCUAAAGGUUUUCGUAAUAAUAAACAAAAAUGAUUGAGCACUCAGAGUUUACGACCCUUUGUAUCACAUACAAUUUUAUUGCUGCCUCUUUUAAUUUUUUAUUUUAAUACAUAUAUUCAUUUUAAGAUAUUGUAUCUUGUCUUUCGUAAUUGAAGAUAUAAAAGAAGUUACCGAAAAUAAAAUAUGAAAAAUGGUUUCGAGGGUUUGAUAUUAUCAAACUAUGAUUUGGCAUGAUGAGAUGAUGCGAUUGUCUUUGGUCUAGAGUUUUUUUUAAAUUAAUUUUCUCCAAGGUGUCUUACAUAAUUUUACAUCAUUCGUUAAUGAAAGCAAAUAAAUAUUUGUUGAUUUUAUUCAACUAUGUAAAACAGUGUUGAUUCGACGAGUAAUAAACGUGAUUUUACGUAUUACAAAUUUUUUAAAUUUGUAAUAUGACGAUCAUUCUAAAAGCGAAACAAAAGAACAAAAAAAAACAACAAAAAAUACAACAAAUUAUGGCGUAGGGUUGUUAUAGGUGAGCAUGCUUUUAUGGUCGGAUUAUAUAUAUUAUACAUAAAAAAAUUAAACGAAAAAAAAAUUUUAAAAAUUGUCACAUGUAAAUGUGUUACACUUGGAAAAAAACUUAACUGUCAACUUAGCUAUAAGGACAAUGUGUGAGAAUCGACGGCGCGGAGGUGGAUGUUGUAAAAUACCUACACUAAAGGAAAUGCUAAUUUUAAUAUUUUUGAUUGACGUAUACUUCUAAAUGACAACAAUAAAAAUAAACUUGAUGCGCAUUGUAUUACAUUUUCCCGUGUACACAGUAUCAUUUAUCGAAGCAACUAAUGGUGUAAAAGCUAUUAUACAACAAAAUAAAAUUAUGGGU